CAUCGUUGUCCAGCCUUGGAUCUUCUCCAAAGGAGAGCUUUUUUUUCCAAUGAACCUAAUCAGUGGAGCUUUUAACGCGGAGAAAGCAACAAGUGUUACAGCGCAAAGGAGAUGGCAACCGGCGGAAAUAACUCGACCUUUGACCUCAGUCCCAAGACCCUGGUGGCCGUGGGCGUUGGUCUGGUGGCGGUGGGUGGGGCCAGCUUCCUACUGUACCGCCAUCUGACCCGCGAUGUGAUGCCCCAAAAGUGGCGACGAGUGGGCACCGUGGAGAGGAUCCACUUUUUUCCGGUCAAGUCCUGUGCCCCCAUGGACAUCUCGAAGCCCGGAGUGGAGUACGACUGCGAUGUGCUUAGCAUGUCCUUUGAGGGAAUAAGGGAUCGCACAUUGAUGGUGGUCAACGAAAUGAACGAAAUGAUUACGGCUCGGGGGUACCCGCACAUGACCCAGAUCAAGUCGAAGAAGGUAUCGCCCAGCAAGCUUGUCUUCAGCGCUCAAGAAAUGCCCGACCUGGAGCUAGACUUCGAGAAUCUGGACGGUCCUGGCAAGGAUGUGAACACAUCCGUUUGGGGCGUUUCCGUAGACGUGAUGCCCUGCGGAGAACGGAUCAACACAUGGUUCUCCCAGGCCAUCCUAAAGAAGGAGAGCGGCCUCAAGCUAGUGCACUAUCCCUAUCCGAAACCAGUGAGAAGCACCAAUCCCCGUCUAAAGUCCAUGCCCUUCAUUAGGCAGGAGGACUCGGGCACCUUCAACGAUGCCACCAGCUUUAUGCUAAUGAACCUUUCGUCGGUCGCCGAUCUUAAUACUCGUCUAAAAAAUCCUGUGGAUGCACUGCAGUUCCGAGGGAACUUCGAACUGAAAAUGGAUGUCGAUGAACCCUAUGCCGAGGACAAUUGGCAAUGGUUGCGUAUAGGUGACGAUGCUGUUUUCCGUACGGUGGCGCCAUGCACUCGCUGUAUUUUUACCAACAUAAAUGCGAAGACGGCCGAGAGGAGUUCUGAAGGGGAGCCUCUCAAAACGCUUAGAAGCUAUCGCUUGUUCAACUACAGCUCGCCGGCUCUGGGCGUGCAUUUGGGACUCCGACUGCCGGGAAAAGUCAAGGCCAACGACGUGGUAUAUGUAGAGGACAAGUGAACAUUCCAUUAUCUCUUCCAACAUUUUAUCCGGUAUACAUUGAAGUUUAUUACAUAGAACAUAGAUAAUGAGGGUACUGUAGACUUUUAUAUGCAAAUAUACAUGUGUUAUGAGCCUAU